AUGCCGCCGCGCCGCCGGGGUGCUUCGGGCCUUCGCGGCGUCCGCGAGCGCCCCAACGGCUGGUACUCCGCCGAGAUACGGGCCGGCGACGUCCGGCUCGGCCUCGGGACGUUCCGGAGCGCGCGCGAGGCGGCCCGCGCGUACGACGCUGCGGCGUGGCGCUUGGACAGGCCUCGAUCCCAGAUGAAUUUCCGGGAUGUCUUCACGCGCGAGGAGGCGCAGCGCCUCGCCCCUCCGCCGCGGCUGAUCACGGACAUGGACCGUGCCGACCACGCUCGGCGGCAGCGCCGUCUCCUCGUCGCCGAGGAGGACGAGCGAGCCAUGGCGGAGUGGCGCCGUCGCCACCCAGAGGACGUCGACGCCGAGCAUGCCUACUGGGCGGAGAGGACGGCAAGGCGCCGCUCGGAGCGGGCGGACCGGCUUCAGCGGAAGGCAGUGGCGAACGAGCAGUGCGACAUCAUCUCCGCAGGUGGGAGGUCGUUCUUCACCUCGGACGAUGAACGUUGGGACGACGUCUGGCUCUCAACCUCGGACGACACCGACGAGGAUGACGAUGGUGACGGCAGCAACUUAGAGUAG